AUGACAAUCCAAGGGAUGACUGCAUGCAACAAAGGAAAGAAAAAAAAUCAUAGACAUUUUAGUCGGGAACCGCACACUGAUCCACGGGAUCUUAGACGAUAA